CAUAACUGCUGUGGUAGGGCAGCCUAAAGGGGCCAAAAAGAGCAGACCUUGUUUAGAGUAAUAUAUACAUACCGUUACGACACCAGAUUUUGAACGGAAAAGAUCUUUCACGAUGAAGCUUGACACAAUGGACCUCAGCUCCAUAAAGACUGAAAAUGGCAAAGUCUCCUGUGAGACUCCAGAGGGAACUGUGGUAAACGUUACUAUUAACCAGCGUUCUGCCUUGGAUUGUUUGUUGGAUACUUUCCGUUUCUUCCGGGACAUGAAGAGAAGUGGGCAAAAGACCAAGCCCUCCCGUAUGUCUAGUUCUGCAGCCCACUUAGGGUUUGGGGUUGCCUAUAUUUCCCUGGGUUUGGUGUCUGUCAUGUUGGCCAUUAUUUUCUGCAUUGCACAGCCAUACUUGAGCAUCUUCUAUUCAGGGGUCCACUUCUGGGUAGGCUUUCCGUUCCUUGUGUCUGGACUACUGAAUCUUGUGGCUUACAGGUUCCCAAACAUAUGGUGGAGGACACUUGCCUUCAUUUCCCUUUUAGUCAACUUUGGUGUGUCUAUCGGGGGACUGGUACUUACAGUUGAUGAUACUCAUCGUUUCUACUGGAUGGGACCUGAUGAACAAGCCUGUUAUAAUCUUGUUAAUGGACGUGGAUAUUACAGAGCAACAAGCGGCUACAAUGAUUAUGAGCUGCAGAGAUGCCUAGAUGGAAUCCGGAAAUACAAGUUUCUAAUAAAAUGCUUGACAUAUAUGACCUUGGUGAUCAUGAUCUGGGGUCUCUGCAUGGCAAUCCUAAGCGUGGGCAUGAGAGUGAAGUCAUUUUGGUCUUCCUGCAAAUUAGAGAAAACUGAUCAGACUGAUGAUGCUCUGAUAGCACCAGUUCCUACUGAUGACAUCAUCAUUGCCUAAAGAGAAGACUUUGCAAAAUCCACGGAUCUAAAGCAUAGUUAUAAAAGCAUAUUUUGUAAGGGAAAUACUGUUGCUGUAGUGUUAGUUAAAACCACAAUUUCAUACUAUCCAAUUUAUUUGUUCAUAAUUUCUUCUAGAGAAGGGGUAAGCAACCUUUGGUACUCUAGCUGCUGUGAAACUACAACUCCCAGCAUGCAAACAUGCUCAGCUGUUCUUCUAACUCCCACAGAAGUGAAUUAAGCAUUCUGGGAGUUGUAGUUUCUGAACAGCUGGAGUGCCGGAGGUUGCUAAUCCCUGUUUCAGAGCUAUUACCUUUUUACAAUUUAAGUCACAGAACGUUUGCCUCCUUAUGAUAUUCCUUUAGAUCCAAUGAUACAUGAAUUUAAUGCAAACAUUCAUCUAGCUAUUAAUUAAAUAACCACUAUGGGGGAGAUUUAUCAGACUGGUGUAAAGUAGAACCGGCUUAG